CUCCCCACCGUAAGCCGGGAACCACCAAUCCCACAACACUUGUCUUCCUAAGCUACCAAAUUUAUUCGAGAAUCUUCCAAGAUUAAAUAAAAAAAAAAAUUUCUACAGCUUUUCAACACAGCAAACCUGCACUAGGGUUUUCUCGUAUCCAGACAAGAUAUCUGUUUGUUGCAAUAGAAAAAGAAAAAAUCUUAAUUUCAAUACCCAAUUGGUUUAAUUUUUACUAUCUUGUAUUUUUCUUGUUCUUCUGGGUUUCAAUGGCGGAGGAUAAGAAAGGAGAUCGGUGCGAAGUGAGCGAUUACUCAUCGGAGGAUGAGGGGACUGAAGAGUACAGGAGAGGAGGGUACCACGCAGUGCGUAUUGGGGACACCUUCAAGAAUGAUCGUUAUGUGGUGCAGAGCAAGCUUGGUUGGGGUCAUUUCUCCACUGUUUGGCUUGCCUGGGACAAUCAGAAAUCGCGUUAUGUAGCUUUGAAAAUUCAAAAGAGUGCUCAGCAUUACACUGAAGCUGCGAUGGAUGAGAUAAAGAUUCUCAAACAGAUUUCUGAGGGAGAUCCAGAUGAUAAAAAGUGUGUUGUUAAGCUUUUGGAUCAUUUUAAACAUUCAGGGCCAAAUGGACAGCAUAUGUGUAUGGUUUUUGAGUACUUGGGAGAUAACCUAUUAACCCUCAUCAAAUACAGUGAUUACAGGGGAGUUCCUCUUCAUUUGGUAAAAGAGAUCUGUUUCCAUAUUCUUGUUGGUCUUGAUUAUUUGCAUCAAGAGCUUUCAAUAAUUCACACUGAUCUGAAGCCAGAGAAUGUAUUGUUGCUCUCAAUGAUUGAUCCAUCUCGAGAUCCUAGGAAGUCUGGUGCUCCGCCUAUCCUUCCAACCAGAAGGGAUAAGGUGGCUGCUGAGCCUCUUCCUUCAAAACACAUUAAAAAUUUGAAUGGGGAUUUAACCAGGAAUCAAAAGAAGAAGAUCCGUAAGAAGGCAAAGAAGGCAGCCCAGACUUGCACAGAAAAAGAAGCUUCUGAAAAUAGUACAGAAUCUACAGAUUCCCAAAAAGUUUAUGCAGAAGAGUCCAAUGCUGGUACAAAAUCCAAUGAAGAUUCAGUUGAAGAACAGCCUAACACUUCUAAGAUUAUAGAUGAAAUGACAAGGAAUGAUGGGGUCGAGGACCAUAGCAAAGGAAUUUCGGGUAACAAAAGGGGUAGUCGGGCAACAAGACAAAAACUAUUGGCAGAAGUUGAUCUAAACUGUAAAUUGGUUGAUUUUGGAAAUGCAUGUUGGACGUAUAAACAAUUUACAGCUGAUGUACAGACAAGGCAGUACAGGUGUCCAGAGGUUAUCCUGGGAUCCAAGUACUCAACUUCAGCAGACCUUUGGUCUUUUGCUUGCAUUUGCUUUGAGCUGGCUACAGGUGAUGUUCUUUUUGAUCCUCACAGUGGCGACAACUAUGACAGGGACGAGGAUCACUUGGCAUUGAUGAUGGAGCUUGUAGGAAUGAUGCCACGCAAGAUUGCUUUAGGUGGCCGCUAUUCCCGGGAUUUCUUUAACAGACAUGGGGAUUUGAGGCACAUCCGUAGAUUGCGCUUCUGGCCUCUUAAUAAGGUGCUUACGGAAAAGUAUGAUUUUAGCGAACAAGAUGCAAAUGACAUGGCUGACUUCCUCAUACCAAUACUUGAUUUCGUCCCUGAAAAGAGGCCAACUGCAGCUCAAUGCCUUAGUCAUCCAUGGUUCAGAGCGGGGCCACGACUUCUUGAGCCUUUGAUGGCUGCAACCGAAUCUCAGCGCACUGAUGGGAGCGCGUAUGAGAAGGAAAGAAAAGAAAAGGAUGAUAGGGAAGCCAUGGAGGUUGGAAUAGGGAAUAUAGCAAUUGAUGUAGCAUCAAAGCCAUUGAAAGAGAAAACCUCAAACCUUGAAAACGACUUGAUUCCAGAGCGGUGUUGACCCCAUGAUUUCUUAUCAAAUUCUUUAUUUCUUGCGUGAAUAACUUUUGCCAAAACGCUGAAUGUGAUCAUUGUCAUCUUUUUCUGAUUUUCUUUUAUUUGGUUCUUUAUGAAAAAUGUUUCCUUUCCCCUUGAUGCAUGGGAUCCACAGAGUUUUCUGAA